UGUAGUACAGCCAGCACUGCUGCAGCGGGACCCUGAUGCACUGGGACCAUCACAUCUACAGGACACAUCACACGUGUAUAAUUACACAUGUAUGUUACCCGAGGAAGGUUCAGGAGGAUAUUCCACAUUCACUGUGGGGUGGUUGCACGCGUGUAUCCUGAUCAUGCAGAGGAGAGAGCGGUGCUUUUAUUUUGAAAGAGACUUCCUCUUCACGGCUGAAGCUCCGCAGAAGUCAAGGAGGCAGGCAGCUCGCGGACACGGAGACAGGUCAUGGAUCCAGAUCUCACCAUCGUCCUCCUCGGUAGAACCGGAGUGGGUAAAAGUGCUUCAGCGAACACUAUUUUAGGACGAGCAGCGUUCGAGUCAAAGACUUCCUUCAAAGCGGUGACGACGGGAAUCAGCGAGGAAACGGGACGAGUGUUUGGGAAACUGAUCCGAGUGGUGGACACGCCGGGAGUUUUAGGGUGGGAGCGGCAGCUGAGAAAGCUCUGUGGGGACGUCCUCAGGUCCUCCGGACCUCACCUGUUCCUGCUGGUGCUGAGCGUCGGUCGGUUCACCGUGGACCAGGAGGAAGCUCUGAGGGCGGCUGUGAACGCGGUCGGGCCUCGAGGGCUGGAAAAGAGUUUCCUGCUGUUGACGGGAGGAGAUCUGCUGAAGGAUCGGUCUCUGGAGGACUUUGUGCGUGAAGGUGGAGACGGCUCGUUCUCAGAGAUCGUGGGACAGUUUGAUGAGGCGUAUCACCUGUUCAACAACAAAGAUGGAGGACAGGAACAAGUGAGAGAGCUGCUGCUGAAGGCGGGACACCUCCCCACAGGUGGAGCAGAACUCAGGAUGCUGCUGGUGGGGAAAACAGGAGUUGGGAGGAGUGCAUCAGGAAACACCAUCUUAGGGAGGAGAGUCUUUAGAUCUGCACGAUCUCCUUCCUCAGUAACAUCAGUGUGUCAGAAAGAAACAGGUCUGUUUGAUGGUCAGACCCUGUUUGAUGGUCAGACCCUGGCUGUGAUUGAUACUCCAGGUCUGUUUGACUACUGUAGAAGUCAAGAGGAGAAUAAGAUAGAGAUCGCUAAAUGUGUCUCCUUGGCUGCUCCUGGUCCUCAUGUGAUCCUGGUUGUGAUCCAGGUUAGCAGAUUCACUAAAGAAGAAGAAGAAACACUGAGAAUCAUUCAUCAGAUGUUUGGAGAAGAAGUAGCAGGUUACACCAUGGUCCUGUUCACCUGUGGAGACCAUCUGGAGGCUGAUGGAGUCACCAUAGAGGACUAUAUCACACAGAUUCCAGCUCUCAAUGACUUCAUCCGUCAGUGUGGUGGAAGAUAUCAUGUUUUUAACAACAGAAGCAGAGAUCAUGCUCAGGUCAGAGAGCUGCUGGAGAAGAUCAACACCAUGGUUCAUGUUGACCUGCACAGUUUCUGACCAAUGGGAUCACAAAGCUUCCGUGCGUCCUUCAGCAGAGGAGACACUGGAGCAUCCUUUGUGAAGGGGAGGAGGAAA